AUGGUGGUAGUCUCGCCUUCAUUUUCGGUACCGGUGGAGGGUGUUAUUAUGCAGAGUCCAUCAACUAAAUUGCUCGUAAAUGACCAAGAACUUGGAACUGCAACUUUAUACAUCACUCAAAAUAAUGUUGUGUGGGGUGGAGGAGUGGCUAGUAAUGGAGGCCCUUCACCAACAAUCUCCCUACUGUAUCCCAGCAUCUCAUUGCAUGCUAUACAAAGAGAACCUUCACCGGCAUUGUACAUGGUGCUGAACUAUGAGCUUAGAUUACCAGAACUAAAUCAACAGGCAAACGAUGCUGGGGAUGAAGAUGACGAUUUUGAUGUUGAUGACCAACCUAUUACACAAUUGAGAUUCGUACCACAAAAUGAGGGAGAUUUGCAAGCUAUGUAUUCGGCGAUGAGUCAAGGCCAGUCAUUGCAUCCGGAUCCGGCAGAUGAAGUAGAUGACGAGGACCCUUAUCUUGAUGGAGAGGAGUUUGAUGAAGGUGAGGAAGAGUUUGAAGAUGCCGAAGAGGUUGAAGCAAGUCCAGCCGAGCGAAUGAGGCAACUGCGUUUGGACGCCUCCAAUGGAGCUCACUACCAAGAUUGCGAAGAUGCUGAGAUAGAGGAGGAGUGA